AGGAGCUGAAGGAGACUCUGCGCGUGGCCAAGGGCGGCGACGAGAAGCUAGGCGAUUCCAUGGCCGUGAUCGAGCAGUGGGGGAAGUACAAGGAGGUGCAGAUCCACGGCGAGGUGAGCCUGGACAGGCACGUGGAACGGCUGGUGGUCCCCGACAGGCUGAAGGAGAAGCAGGCCUGGGUACAGAAGAUUGCGAAGGCGCACAAGUGGAAGCUGACCUGGAUGAAGGACAUGCAGGCGGAGCUCAAGUCGAGGGCUGGCGGUCGGGAGAUGGACCAGAAAACCUGGCAGGGCAAGCUGGAUUGCCUGAGGAAGGAGGAGGAGACGACCAGGCUGGCGACUCGAUUCGUCAAGGCGCGCGAGAUUUUGGUCAGAUGGUCUUUCCAGGUUCAGUCAGGCUGGCAGCCCUUCGACCGACAUUGCCAGGAACCCCUGGAGGCCAUGUUCAAAGAAUACAAGGCCUCUCCGUCGGAGAAGACGGCGAUCAGGGAGCUGAAGGUCAGGAACGGGAUCGUCAUGAUAGACUUCGAGCAGAUGACGCAGAAGGUGAAGGGCUACAGCCGAACUCGAAAGCUCCAGAGAGUCGACCUGUGACCCGCCUCCCUUUGUGCUCGCGCACUGCGAGGUCAUGCGCGUCGUUGCCCCUUGCCUGCCCCGUACGGUCUCACCUCUGGUGCCGCCGCCAGCAUCGGGGACAACGUCAGGGGGGGGGGAUAGGCUCAGGAGGGGAUCGACCCCCCGUCGCCCACCGAUCGCCGAUGGGGGCCCGACUGCGCACCCCGCCCAGGAGCGUGCGGUCUUGCGCUGCCGGGGGCCGCUGUCGGGGGCCCACCGCCGAGCGGCGGCGCUUCGCCGCUGGCAGGUUCAAUGUUCCCCCCCCCCGCCCCCCCCCGGUGUGGGCAGGGCCGAGGUGUUGGGCUCG